UCGAUCUCCGAGCGUCACCGCCUAGCCUCUUCAACCUGUUACUUGAUGCGGGCUGUGCUCUUGACAGGUUGGUUUUUAUUGGAAUUUGGAACCUCAAGCCGCAGUUUAAAUGGACUCAUAUUUCGGGUUAAAUCUCUUGCUGUUUUAGAAAAAGUGGCCAUUUUAAGCCCUCAUUGUGAACAUCUACAUCAGUAAAAUAUUGAUACUUUACUCAAGCAGAGACUUUAUCACGGCCGAAUGAUUUUACAAGGUAACAAGGGUUCAACUCAACUACUGUUUACCGAGGAUGGCACCGGCCUCUGGAGUCUAGAAGUAGCUUGGCCUACUUUUAAGUUCUUACUUACAGAGGCCUAUCUUUUUAACAAUACUCUACCCUAAAGACCUAAAUCUGUGUAGCAGCUAGCGGUGAGCAAGGUUCUGUACUGAAGACAUGGUCUAUUGAUGAUGCCUGAAUUUUGGAUGAUAAAAUAAAUCUAAUGCACCAAGACAGCCAGUUAGAAUGCCGACUGGAGAAAGGAAAAAGUCUUCUGAAAGUGCCAAGGAGGAUUUGAAUCGUCUUUUGAAACUUCUUAUCACACAUCCAAGCAAGCAACAGCUACCUUCAUUAAAACAUGAAGGGAGUAACAACAAUAACAACAACAGCCCUCCAUCCAAAUACAGUGGUAUUCUUCAGCACCAGAACUCAGAGGCAAUAGCAUUAGAAGCUUUCAGCUCAACCUACCAAAAUGAAAGACAGUUCAGUACACAUCCUCUCUCUAAGCAAUUUGACCAGAUCUUUUCAGCUAUUGUUAAAAACAGGCUCUGCUCAAGUGAGUGGACUGCUAAGGCACCUGCAGGAAACAAUCUAUGUAUGUUGAUCUGCCUGCGACUUUUUCUACGAGAUACAACCUACCAAAAACAUAUAUUUAAACUUGAUGGAGUAAAAACAUUAGCUGAGAGACUACAUGCAAUAACUGAUCAGUACCUAUGCUCUGCUGAGCAGCCCUUCACUGUCGACAUCUUAAAAGAAAUAACAAAUAUUUUUCAAAAACUUGCAGUAGAGAAAUCACACCAGGAUUGGCUUAUUGCAUCUAGAGCACACAUUCCUCUUGUGAAAUUAUUAGCAGCCAAAGAUAUUCACGUUUUGCAUUGUGCCUUGCAUGGCCUCAUUAGCCUGGCUAAAAGUCCAGAGACCAGACAUAUACUAGGGGAACUAAACUGUGUAGAACAGAUUCUAACCAUUUUAAAAGAGUAUGGUAAUCCAUCGAAAAUUUUGGCCGCUAAAUUGCUGCGGCACCUGUGUCAUGAUUCAAGCGUGCGUGAAUGGGUAAAGAUCUAUGAUGGUGUGCCAACCCUUGUAAGCUUGUUACACUCUGAUAAUAUGGAACUUCUAUGGAAUGUUGUGUGGUGUUUUGUUUUGCUUGCUGAAGACAUGGAUACCAGCAAUGAGAUCAGAAUCACAGGUGGUCUACCCAUCCUCUUGUCGCUAUUACAAGAUCGUAAGUAUACUACUGACCGCCACAGUACCACUAGUGUCUCCAGUGCAAGUUCUUUAGGGAGGCUGUACUCAGUUACUGGUACUGAACAGGAACUGGAUGAUGUUACUCUGGAGCAAACCUUGUCAUUACAGUCUGCGUGCUGUGCUGCAUUGACAGAAUUAGUUCUCAAUGACAGCAACGCUCAGCAACUGGUCCAGAACAAUGGAAUCUAUUAUGUUGGCGUUCUCAUCUUUCCGCAAACGACAUCCAACGUAGAAGAGGGCUCAGCAGUUAUAAACCUCCAGCAACAUGCAUUCCGUGCACUUCGAUUCCUGUUCAGUAUGGAGCGUAACCGACAGCUUUUCAAACGUCUUUUUCCUCCCGAGUUGUUUGAGAUGUUCAUUGAUGUCGGUCAUUACGAGAAGGAGAUGGGAAAAUAUAAACCUAUCGUCGAGAAACUUAAUAGCUUAGCCAAAGAAGAGCGAGACAAAAUCUUAGAUAAGUUUUUGGAGACAAAUCAAAACAAGGAGCCAACACAGUCUAUUUCUGGUUACUUUGUGUAUGAACAUCUUGGUAGCGGUGCCUUUGGAAGUGUCUACAAGGUGAGAAAGAACAGUGGCGGGAACUUCUUGGCUCUUAAGGAGAUCAAUCCGUCCAUAGGGAAGACUGCUAAAGAGAAAGCAAUAGAGAGUAUUGUAAGCGAACUAAGCAUCAUUAAGGAACAGUUGAAACAUCCAAAUGUUGUCAAGUAUUACAGAACUUUCAAAGAAAAUGAUAAGUUGUAUGUUUUGAUGGAACUAAUUGAGGGUGCCCCACUCUACGAGCAUUUUAACUCGCUAAAGGAAAAGAAAGACAGCUUUACUGAAGAACGAAUAUGGAACAUUUUCAUACAGAUGGUCCUUGCGUUGCGGUAUCUCCAUCGGGAGAAGAAGAUAGUACAUCGGGACUUGACGCCAAACAACAUUAUGUUAGGAGAGAAUGAUAAAGUUGUUAUCACUGAUUUUGGUCUAGCUAAACAGAGACACCCAGAUGCAAGUGAAAUGACAUCAGUUGUCGGCACAAUUUUAUAUAAUUGUCCUGAAAUUAUUCAGAAUGAACCUUAUGGUGAGAAGGCCGACAUCUGGGCAUUAGGAUGUAUCCUGUAUCAGAUGUGUGCAUUGGAGCCGCCAUUUCACAGCAAAAAUAUGUUAGCUUUAGCAAGCAAGAUUGUAGCUGCUGAUUACAUUCCACUAAAAGAAGGUGCCUAUUCAGAUAAAGUUAGCAAAGUUAUAGGAAUGUGCCUGACACCAAAGCAAGAUGAUAGGCCAGACAUUGUAGGGGUCGCAGGGUCAAUCUCAGAAGAAAUGAUGAAGCACAUGGACCAGCUCAAUAAACAACAAAUCAAUUUAGAGAAGAGGCUUGCAAGAGAAAAGAAACGCACACACAAACAUUUCCAUGAGGCAAAUCUGAACAUGCAGAAUUAUCAGAGACUAUUCAUAGCUUCUCAGGAACGUUAUGACAAACUCGUGAAUCUGGCAAGUAGUGGAGGUGCCUCUAGUUUCAAGAGUGAAACAGAUAGUGAUGUGUUCGAAUCUGCAGAUGAGGCAAACACUCCCGUAAACCAAGGAGCCGGAGGUGACUUCAGUGUCUUAAAAAGCACAGAAAGUGGUAUUGUUGAUGAUGACACUAGUAGUGGAGAUAGCCUGGAGAGCAGUGGAAGCAGUGCUGUGCUUGGAGCUAAUUUUGCCUUGAGCAACAGUCGUGGAGGCCUGAACCAGCCACGACCUCCUCAAAAAGCAAGGAACGGCAGUGUAUCAAAGAGACAUGCAAUGUUAGAUCCACAUGCUGUACGUAGGGCAUUGAAUAAUCAUCUGUCUCCUGUUGAUGCUAAUUUUGGUAGCAGUGGAGAACGAACCAUUCAGCGCUCUAUCAGUGGAUCGUAUGUUGAAACAAAAAGGCGACAGAACAGCUCAACUAGAAACCGACCACCAUCAGCAGCAGCGACGUUAACCAUCUCGCCUCGUAAGGUUCGUCAGAUCAAAGAUCCGAUUCUGGAGAUGCUACACAUGAUACACAAAAUCAUUUUCAUUUGUCAGUUACCCCCGACACUGACUUACAACCCACGGCGCCGUGUGAUCGAGUGCUUCAAGCGGGCGCUGUUCUCACCUCAGAGUAGUUCAGUGAACCUGAAGAAUGAACUGAAGAAAGUGAUCACAGGAAGUAAGGACCUGGUGGAUUUGAACUUUGGCCUGGGUGAGGCAUCAUAUCUUUUCCGCCAAGCGAGUAAUGAAGAAGCUUCAUUGCAGGUGACAGGUGAAAAACCAGCUCACAGUACUGUAGAUCCUCAUGAUCCUGAUAUCGGUAUUAGCUACGAGCAGCUUCACACAUUCAUUGAGAGCGUGCUCAAAGAAUACGGUUAUUACAACAUGUCACCGAAUGCCAGAAAUCGCACUCUGCCUCUAGCUCCGAUAACAGGAUCCGUACCUUGUCUCCUAAGGCAGACAUCAUUGGAAGCAGGCGUUUUGUGAUGCUAAGCUCAGUUGCUGGCAGUGUGGUUGUGGGUGGGUAGAUGGCAGGGGUGGGCAGUGGAAGGCGAUAUGGUAUUAGCAGAAAUGAUAACGAGAUUUCAAUGACGAUUUUACAUAAGAGUGUACAACAGACUUUUCCGCAGUUUCAAUCAAAUUUAACAACUGACCAAUCAAAACAGUCAACUUGGUCAUUUUGUGGGACCUUAGCAACAAUAUCCAAGGGGCGGGGCUUAGCGGAAUGGUCCAUUAAUUAUUCAGGUAAAGAUAAGAACAAAUGAAGAAGCAAGACUAAUGACAUACAUGUACUUGCUGAAAGCUAUGAAGGGUACAAUACCAAAGCAACUGACUGGAUUAUUUCUAUAUAGAGAGAGCUAAUAUUUUGAGCAAUGAAAGUCUAAUUCAUAUAUUUUGAAUUGAGAGAAAUAAUAUUUUAUUUUUUAAAAGAGGUUGAUCCUUUUUCAAAACUUGAAUAAUACCAGGGGGCUGGCUCUUCUGGAACAUAUUGGCUAACGUAUUAUCCCGCCGUAUGUACAAGUAUUUGUAUGUAUUUAAUGUAGUUUUUUUUUUUGUAAAAAUUAGAUAAACAUUUGGUAACAAAUGUUUUCAAUACCUGCAGCACAAAGUACUUAAUAAUUUUCUUUGUUGUUACUCAGUCACAUUUUGAUGACAUUGAGUGACAAUUGUGGAGGUUUAAUUAUACAUCUACUAUGGUAGGUGAAGCCAUGUUGUGGUGGCAAUUAUAGUGGCAUUAAAGAGAUCUUAAUAUUUUUAUAUCUCAAAUUUUAUUAAAUAUCCUCACAUUGCAGGCUUGUCAUACGUGUAUAUAAGGGACUACAAAAUCGUUAUAUUCUAAGGUCAAUGUAAUCAAAAUGGGUCAGUGUAAACAUUUGCAUAGGACAAUUAUUAAUAGUUACAUGUACAUCCUGACCAAUCAAGUCAGUCCAUACCUAGUAUUUACAUGGGGUUAAGAUAGUUUUAUUGUAAGUGUAUUUUCUUUACAAUGCAGUUCUGUGUGAGUUGGUGUGAAUGUUUUCCUAGUUAAUAUUUCUUUUAAAAAUAUAGAUUGAAACUGUUGUAAUAUUAAGGAUAUAAAAAUCUGUAUGUACAGAAAUGUAAUUAAGUAUUUUGAGUAUUGAAUAGAUAUCUAAUAGCAUUAAAAUUUGGAAAUUAAAGGAGGAAUUCCAUUGUUACACCUGUUAUCUGAACUGGUGCCUUGUUAAUGCACAUCCCCCUUGAAGGUCAUAUGCAAAUUUUAAAUACCUUGAGUACUACAUUUGCAUAUAAUAUAUGCAAAUUUAUUUACAAUUUAUGUAAAAACGAAAGUUAGUCUAUGCUUGUUUUUUUAGUUUCUCCUUAACUUUAAACAAUUUUGAAAACCUUGUAUUGAAUCCCUUUAUGGUGAUAUGCAAAUUAUAAAUACCUUGAAUACUACAUUUGCAUAUAAUAUAUGCAAAUUUAUUUACAAUUUAUGUAAAAACUAAGGUUAGAGUCUAUGCUUGUUUUUUAGGUUUCUCCUUAAAUAAACAAUUUUCAAAACCUUAUAUUGAAUUGUAUAUCAAGUAUGUCACCUUAGCCUCAUCAUGAUUUUUGAUUAAAAUUUUGCAUUUAAAAUCAACAGUACUUAGUAGACCAGGGGUCGUUGUGCAUUAUAAAAUUGACCAAUGGCAACCCUCCUUUAUUUCCAUCUUUGAAUCCGUCCAAAAUUGCAUGCCAGUGAAUUUACUGUAUGGUAAUAAAUGCAUGUAUAGUA